GGUAUUUACUGCUCUUAGAUUUUAUGCAGUUGGAAGUUAUCAGUUAGGUAUUGGAUGCAAUGGAUAUAUUGGAGUUAGUCAAUCCUCUAUUUUACACAGAAUAUGGAUUCCCUGGUGUCGUAGGAUGUAUAGACUGUACUCACGUGGCUAUAUUUCCACCCUCAAAGAACAAUGAAAUGUAUCCAGAACAUGUAUAUGUUAAUCGAAAAGGAUACCAUUCCAUAAAUACACAGUUAUUGUAA